UCCGGUGUUGUGACAGAGAACUCGGGAUGGAACGUUGGCCGGAGCGUUAUGGAACGUUUACGUUUUAGAACGUUAGCGACGUUUGAGCGUUUUAUGUAAUAUACGCCGGUGCGGAUAACGCUCGCCCUCGCUGUUGUUUUCUCUCCGCUGGUAGCGGCCCCUUUCCUUUGUGUGACGUCCAUGUCGUUUUGGGAUUGAGUGGUUUAUACCAGGGCUCCGCCCCCUACUGCAGCCUCCUGCCUAUGGUGCGUCCUUUAACUGGUGACGUCAUGUGUUCUCAGCAGUGACGUCCACGCCUAAGCCUCGUCUGCCAAAAUUUGACCCCUGGUGCAGUUCUGUAGGUGACAACAGUCUCUCCUCUUUGCAAGCCUUGGCCCCCAAUAUCAGCACUCAAGGGCCCAGUUAUAAUCUACAUGGGAUAUAUGAGCAAGUUCAUGUUUGACACCAGUCAACCACAGCAUUGUUUUGUUAGGCUGUUCUACAACCCUGAGACCUUUCCUGUGAACCUCGGAGCUGGGACCUUAUAUAUGCACUUUAUCACUGCCUGUGCCACCCUGCUUACCCUGAGCCAUCACUGUGCCCUCUGAAGGACUGGCAGGAGAAGACCCUGCUUUUUUUCUUGAAAUGUUCCAAAAGCUCAACAGCAUGUUUUUAGGAGAUGUCGGCAGUGUCUUAGACCAGAAGCCGGAACUCAGCGAAAAAGAGGAUGAUGAAUGGAUUGUGGUAGACUUUAUCGUUAAUAAAUGCACUAAAACACCAGAAGAAGCCUCAACCUUUGAAGAAAUCGAUUAUGCAACUGAAGAGCCCAUCUUGAAUUACGCACCAGGUGCCUUUGAACAGUUUGAAGAUAUAAGUCACUCUUACUACGUCCAUUUCGAUCCAUGCCCUUUGGAGGAGAGUUGGUUUGUUACUCCACCGCCUUGUUUUACGGCUGGAGAGUUGACCUCAAUAGAGGUGGAGACCAGCCCACUGGAGAACCUUCUCAUUGAACACCCAAGCAUGUCUGUCUAUGCUGUGAACAAUCUUUGCAGCAAGCAGACAAGGACAUGUGACUCCAAUAUCCACAACUCAAGUUCUUCACGGUUGGAUCCGGGUCAUACAAGCGUUACUCCCCAUGUACACUGUUACGUUGCUACUCUUGCUGCCCGCACAACCCGUCUGGACCCGAUAAAGAAGACAAUUCAAUUCUCUAAACUGUCAAAGCAGCAAAUGGAAAAAACUCUUCUUAACCGAAAGAGCCUUAAACGCCAAAAUCGCAUUCGAGGAUGCCAUUCACGCCAGGUCAAGCACAACAGGGUCAUUGUCCACCAGCCUUGCCAGCGCCAUUACAAUUAUUAAGAAAAGGUCUCACCGUUUCCUUCCUUUCCCCACUAAUGAUUCCACUCCUUUUGGAGUCCAUGUUAUGUAGUGUGGGAGUACAGAGCUCUUGUGAGUACAUGCAGAUCUCUGUGCAUCUUCUUGUGUAGAUAGUUCUAUUUCUCCGUCUUUCUGAAAUGUCGCACAUUUCGCAUUAAUAAGAUGUCAUUACUACGGAUAGUCAUUGUGAAGGAUACAGUUACAACUACUAAAAACCUCAUCAGGUUGAGUACGGUUUAUGGUAUCUCAUGGUGUGCUGUGGCAGUCGGCACCAUCACAUUGGCACGGUUAGGCCCAACUAAACACUUUAAACCUUUUUAAUAUGUUCUCCGCUGUGCAAUGCGGCUCGUAAGCGCCUAUUCUCUGAGCUGUACUCUGGGCCCAAUGACCUACUGCCAAAACUGCCACCGAAACUUGAGCGAGUCCAACUCACAAGUCCAUUACACAACUACACGGUUUAUACAGCCUAGUCCAUGAAGAGAUGUUUUUGGGCUACUAUCGUUCUCUUGGCUGGAAACCAAAAAUAUGCAAAAAAAAAACUGAUUUAUUCUGUGUUACACCUCCCACUAUUGAGAUGUAACCAUUGUUCUAAAUACCAGCAAAUCUUUUAUUUUUAUUUAAUUUUAAUUUUUUUUUAUUCAAUCUUCCGCUGACGACCAGACUGUUAUUUGAUGUUAGGUCAUCUUCAAACUACCAUGGCAUUUUUUUCCUUCUUUUAAAUGACUAGACUUUUUACUUGUUGGGCAUUGUAAAGGAAUCCAUAUGUAGUCAACGUGUGUAUAUGGUAUUCUGAAAUAGAUUGUUGGUUGGGCUAUUUUUAUUUUUUGUUUUUUCAUGCUCCUGUUCAAAGGGCACCAGUUUUGUGAUGACUACAUGUAACACUUACAACAAUGACACUGUUGAAAACACGAGCUAU